GUAGUUUGCCUUCAACCCUCUGUACGCCUCCGCGGUUUCUGCCACUGGAGCCCCUCAGGGACUCCUGCUCCGACAUCAUCGUAGCUCCGCAGCGGUGCUGACUUAACCCAGUAGCUCGAAUGUUGACAGCGGAAACCGGAAGAGAGCGGUGGCGACUGGGAGAGGCGUUUUGGUGCGUCCCACCACGUAGAGGAGGGUUUUCCGGUUAAAGUUUCCUUUGUCAUCAGGAAGUGGUAACGACCGGCGGAGGUGUCUGAGCUGUGUCUUCGCCAGACAAAACAAACCGACGAGCAUGAUAACUUUGACUUGCUGGAAUGGGAGCACAGCCUUUUAAGAUAAAGUGAAUCUGGUCUCUCUGCCAGGCUGAAAAUGCUGCAGCCACAAGCCGACAACAUGGAAGUCACGGGGGCGGGGGUCUCGUCCCACAGCCCACAAAGCGAGGCCGUGACUAGUGAGCUCCAGGAACUGUCCUUGCAGCCUGCGCAGAAGGAACUGCAGCUGCAGGAACGCAAGAAUGUCCUCCAGCUCAAACUCCAACAGAGACGCACGCGAGAGGAGCUGGUCAGUCAAGGGAUCAUGCCACCGCUAAAAAGCCCGGCAGCUUUUCAUGAGCAGCGGCGGAGUCUGGAGCGUGCAAGGACUGAAGACUAUCUCAAGAGGAAGAUCCGAAGUCGUCCCGAGCGCUCUGAGCUGGUCAGGAUGCACAUUUUGGAGGAGACGUCAGCGGAGCCCUCCCUGCAGGCCAAGCAGUUGCAGCUGAAGAGAGCUCGACUCGCCGACGACCUCAACGAUAAGAUCUCGCACAGACCGGGUCCCAUCGAACUGGUACACAAGAACAUCCUGUCUGUCUGCCCUGAUCAGCACUCGCCACCCGAAUCUCCAAAGGGAGCUGGUGGAGAGAGCUCCUCGUUGGACGAAGAUAGCAGCGAUGCGCUGUCACCCGACCAGCUCGCCAAUCACAAUUCUCCUCUGAGUAACGUCCCGCAGCCCUCGCCCUCCGACAUGCUCGCCCAGAAUGGAGACAUUUCCCCCACGCAGCUUGUUACGCAACCCACGCCACAGCCUCCUCCUACUCCUGUGGUAAAGGCCUCCGAUUCACCUCCUCCCCUCAAAGUGGCAAACGGGACCACAGUAACCUCCCGCUCACCCUUUGCGCAGCUCAAGUCUCACACUAAGACGAGUUCCGACCGUCCCCUGCUGAGAUCCAAAAAAGCAAAGGACAACAAACCCAAGGUGAAGAAGCUCAAGUACCAUCAGUACAUCCCUCCGGACCAGAAGGCGGACAAAGAGCGUCCGCCUCUGAUGGACUCGUCCUACGCCAAACUCCUCCAGCAACAGCAGCUCUUCUUACAGCUACAGAUUCUCAACCAGCAACAACAGCACUACAACUACCACACCAUCCUACCUGCGCCUCCAAAGCCAGCACCGGAGCAGCCCCUCCCGACGAACCCCAGCCCUUCCCCAACUCGCACUAUUCCCACGACCCCCAUCGCCACCUUAACCCCAACGAGCGGAAAUGCCCGCCAGGGCCAACCGUCAAUGGGAGCGGCCAAACCCACCACUUUGCCCGCCAACUUGGAUGAGUUCAAAGUCGCUGAGUUAAAACAGGAACUGAAGUUGCGAGGUUUGACCGUCUCUGGCACCAAAAACGAUCUAAUCGAGAGGCUCCGCCACUACCAAGAGCAAUACGCCGGCCCUGCGGUCUUGAAAAAUGGCGCAUCGCAACCCAUCCAUCAGAGCGCAGCCACUGCAGCUAACAGCGCUCCAGCCGCAGGCAGCGAUCAGCAACAGGUUGAAGGAGGAUUCAAGGUGGCUCUGUCCCCGCUGACUCAGGCUUUUCCCGGUCGAGUCGUGCGGUUUGGAAGCACCAGCUCCAGCCCGCCUGUGUCUCCUUCGCCGUCUGAACGCUCAUUAGCGGGGCUGAGUCCAGAUGAAACCAGUUGUAAUGGAGACAUGUUUGGGGAGAUGGUGAGCUCUCCCCUGACUCAACUCACCAUCCAUCCCGCUCCCCAGCAACCAUCCAACAACUCCCCUCUUUCCCUACCGCUCAGUCAGCCCAAAGAAGAAGGCAAGAGCUCAUGCAGCUUCCACAGAUCUUCACCCGGCUCGGUUAAGGCCUUGGAGCCUUUCUCUGUGGUAGCCAUGGACUCGUCCUCUAUGGACAAAGAUCAAAUGCUGCAGGAGAAGGAUAAGCAGAUUGAGGAGCUGACCCGGAUGCUGAGGCAGAAGCAGAGGCUGGUGGAGACGCUCAGAACUCAGCUCGAGCUGGGAAAGAUGACGGGAGGCGUGGCAGCAGAGCGGGAAGGAGCUGACAAGAAAACGACAUCUCCGAUUGGCAAACCUCCAACACUCAUUAAAGCCUCGGCCAUCGAACCCCCCGUGCUUCCUCAUGGCCCGCCGAAGGUGAAGCAGGAAGCUGAGACGGAGGAAGCCAUGACGGGAGUAACGGAAGAAGCCCAAAGCAAAAGAGCGGUGCAACCUAUGCAGUGCUCCCAGGAGACUCUGUUCAGACUGCAGCAGAUUAAUCGACUGCAAGUCCAACAAGUAGAACACCUCAACCACUCGCGUACCAUUUCGGAACCCAAGUCCAACCCUCAAAAGCAACCCGAGCCCAAGAAGGAAUCUAAAAUCCUGCUCCAGCAGCAGCAGCAACAACAACUCCAGCAACUCAUCAUCCAGCAGACGCAGCAGAAGCAGCUGCAGGCCCAGCAGAAGUUGGCGCAGCAAAAACUGGCCCAGCAAAACCAGCUGCAACAAGGGAAGAAGACCCAAACGCAGCACAAGAGCUCAGUUCAGCUGAAGCGGGUUCAAGUGCAGAUCCAGAAGCCUGCACCUAGCCAAAGCCAGCAGAAGAAGCAGCUGAAGGCUCAGCAACGGCAGCAGCACAAACAGCAGACGGCCACUGUCAGCACUCAGCAGGUGGCGCCAGUCUUCAACCAACCCAAGGGCACUCAGAUUCACACUCAGGCUAUUUCGUUAGACCUCCUUAAAGCCGGCGGCACGCUGGUCACCGACACCAACGGCAACCACUACUUGAUCGCCCUCACCAGUAGCGCGACCAACGGUCAGAACCACCGAGCGCCCACGCAGGCCAAAAGCAACGGACGCGUCACGCUGCAGAGACUACAGUCCACUCCAAGCAAGCUGCCCAGCACUGCCGGCCAAUCACAAGAGCAGAAAGGCAGCCAGGGUGUGAGCCAGCCAAUCAAAAAGGAACCGAAAGCGGAGCUGCACGUGGACACCAACGGCGUCCCGCCGGCCAACUCGUGCUUCACCGCCCCUCCCAACCUGCAGCCUUUCUUCGACGACAUGUCGGACAGCGAAAGCCAAAGCAACCUGCUCUUCUCCUUCAAGACAGAGGGGGUGUGUCCGCCUUACGACCGACACACUCUGUUUACUCCUCCCUCCCCCAAACCCAACACCUCUCUUCCGACAAAGCGCUCCAAAGGAAAUGGUGUCAAUUCUCAGCACAUGGAUGACCUCUUUGACAUUCUUCUCAAGAGUGGAGAGAUCUCAGGUUUUAAGGCCAACCCGGACCCGUCGCUCGCCCCGCUCCACUCGGACCCACCCUCGCCCACCUCCCCGCCGUCCCCUCUCCACCUCUCUCCUCCCUCCCCUACCUCUCCCCUCAUCGCCCCACCAAGGGAGCCCUGCACAGGUCGCCUGGAGGACUUCCUGGACAGCUCCACGCUGCUCGGUGUAGAGCCAGGCAGCGGCCUGACGCUCAUUGACGACCUCCACAGCCAAAUGCUGAGCACCGGCAGCAUCCUGGACCACUCGCCCUCCCCCAUGGACACGUCCGACCUGGGCUUCUCACCCCACUCGACGGGGCUGGACUUUGUGGAUGCCGCUCUGGACAGCAUGGACUGGCUGGACAUCUCCAUGGUAGGGAGCUCCAGCGGUGCGGGGGGAGGAGGACGAGGAGGAGGGGACGUGGGGACCAGCCUGACUCCGCUGGCUCCGCACACGCCGCCGAGUGUCUUCUCUGCUGACUUCCUGGACAGCACGGACCUGCAGCUACACUUGGAGUCGUGUCUGUAGCCUCGAAUGACAGCGUGCGGGCUCCACAUUGAUACUUUCUCCAUGCUGUCUCUUAUCACUGCUGGGCUCACUGACACACGCAUAUUGGAAAACUGUUUAAGCGUUGAUUUGAUGUCCUUGAUAUCCAGCUUAACUCGCCGUAUGAAGGAUAUCAGAUAAAUGCUCAACCGGCUUCCCACGCACGCACACAUGCUAUUACUGGCUUUAUUAUGCACUGUGAGGUGAGCUUCAAGUCAUUUGGACAGUAUUCCAAAUUAAGAUCCAUCAGCAAGUCUGCACCAUUUUGCACGCUCAUCUGCUAAAAGUGAAUCACUUAUUUCAAAGUGUGUGUGAAAUGCAAGCGUGUCAGUGCCUCUUAAACUUUGCACUUAAGUCGGAUUGGUUUAAAAGUGGGCGUUCAGGAAUGUUGGCCGAAGACCUUUUAUGUUACGCUGAAGGGAGGCAAAAGGCAGCUGUCACCUUAGCAACUUGAUGCCUACCCACACGAGUUAAAAAAAAAAAAAACACGUUGCUGUUGAAAUGAAAUCUUAUCGGUGGCGACUUUUGAAGCCUCGUUUGAGGUUGCGUAUUAUCGGUAACGUUCUGGUAGACCACUAUGUUUUGCUGUAUAUGGGGUGUAUAUUAUCAAUUGUUCAUAUUGCUAUUUUUCUUUGCUGGUUGUUUAGUGGAGCUAGCCAGCUGGGGAGGGAAAUAGGGUGAGGGUGGGUUGUCCAAAAACUUGGACCUUGUCUUUUUUUUUUUUUAAAGAAUAAAACAAGCUCUUAAAACGAUUGUCCGAAUCAAUGUUUAAAAAUGAUGGGUGGUCAGGGCAGAGGGUGUUUAAAAGGUCUUUUUUUUAUUUUAUUAAAUUCAUAUAUUUAAUUGAAACUUGAGUAAUAUGGUAAAAAGUAUUUUUUUUAUCUGCAAUAAACUUUUUAUAUACUGAAUAAUUAAUAAUUAUAAUUGAUCCACUUAUUUAUCCUUGUAAAAAAAUCUAAUGCAGUAGUAAAGUCAUGACAGUAAAUGGAGAAGCCUACAAACGGCCACAAGGGAGCGCCAUUACACAGCAAAGCAGACAUACUUUCAAAAACGUUUGGCACGUAUGUAUUUAUUACAAUUGUCAAAGUUAUCCAGUUAUUGAUUGUUGAAUGGAUAUUUUCAAAAUUGAGCACUAUGAUCGAUGUAAAUAUAGGAUAUUUGUUAAAUUGAUCAUAUCUGACCUUAAUAGAUUCCAUAUUUCCCACCAGUGUUGUUUUGCGGUUAUAUUCUGCACGGUUUGUUAAACGCAAUGUGUAAUUCCUUUCCCACAGAAUGUAAACAUAUGAUGGAGGAGGCGUGAUGUUGAAUUGGUCCCAUGCGGUGCUUCACUUUGAUCCCACGGAAUGAGAAGAAGCAGGGCUCAAGUCACGAUCGAGGGACUGAGUUGGAAUGGCACAAGGACAAUGAUGGAGUCAGGACAGCGCCGACUCAGAACUAUAAGUUUGAAAUGAAGUUUUGACUUAGCUACAGCUGGCUGCUGUUUUGCAAUUUACAUGAAACUUUAAUUUUUUUUUUUAUCCAGAACAACCGCAAUGCAAUUUUGGGAAGCGAUUCCUUCAACAAGAAAAACAGAAGACUUCUCGGAAUCCUUCAACAUUGUCUGGAAUGGAUACCAAAAAACAUCUACAGGCAAACACAACAUGGAAGCACUCAUCCGAUGUGAAAAAAAACCUUGACACUUUGAACUUUAAGAGCGACAGGUCAGAAAAAACCUCGCCUGGAUAAAAAUCGAUCCAACAAUGGAUUUCGUGUCUCGUGUUGUAAAGUUUGGAAGCUUCACUUGAUCAGUGUGCAGCCGCAUUACUGCUGUAUCACAAAACCAAGUGAAAAGAUAUAUUUAAAAUAUUUAAAAAGAAAAUAAAUUCAUGUCUCUCUAUCCGGG